UAACAAACUGGGUAGCCUACCUGAGUAAAAUUUAGUUGGCUGUGACGUUGGAAUGUUGGAUCUUAAACUUGGAAUCAUAAUUUGGACGAUCACAUGGACUGCGUUGCUGAUUCAGUGGAGUAAGUCCAGUAGCAUUUAAUACUAACACAAUUCCGAACAAAAGGCGCUUUCUGGAAAUGCCAUACAACGCCAAGCAAGGAAGGAUGCCUGGACGAGAAUGUUCCACGUGACAUAAGAGUUCCAGUGUAAUGUUUUCCAUAUGCGCGCAUUUAUUAUAAGAACUAUUCGCUUUGAAAACACCCGCUUGCCCAGUACAGGGUUUUUUUCUUUCAGACUGACGCAAACCUAGACAGUGAGAUCUUCAGUAGGCGACAUGCCUGUUUCACUGAAACGUCUCCGCAGGACUCGAUGCAGACUGUGAUUCAUUUCCCCAGAGCAGAAUCUGUUACUAUGAUGAAGCGAGUGAGCGUAAUUGUUAUCUUACUGCUGUGCUCCAUCACCAGCUGGGGGAAGAAGAUGCGCUGGUGUACAGUCUCGGAGCCGGAGCAGAGGAAGUGUGCUGAGCUGGCCAAAGCUCUGGUCGCUGUCCUUCCACUUGCAGCUGUCACAGCAUUUGGCCGUCUCUCAUGUGUGAAAGCUUAUGGCACUGCUGACUGCAUUAAUAAGAUACGGGAUAAUAAAGCUGACCUUGUGACUUUGGAUGCUGGAGAGGUAUACUCUGCAGUAAAACAGUUCGGACUCACAGUAGUUGCAAAGGAGAUCUACAGAGAUGGUGGAUGUAUUCUUGCAGUUGCUGUGGUGAGGAACAGCAGUACUUUAGAUAUGCGCUCUUUGCGGGGCAGUAGGAGUUGUCAUAGUGGAGCUCGCUGGACUGCAGGUUGGAGUCUCCCUUUGGGACAUCUCCUUUCUCGAAACCUCCUGCCCUGGGCAGAGGAUGAGCCCCUCAGUCAGGCGGUUAGUGUUUUCUUCAAUGCCAGCUGUGUGCCUGGAGCAACUACAAUGGCAACCAGCCUUUGUUCCUUGUGCCAGGGUCAAAGGUCAUACAUUCGUCAGAAAAAUUUCCAUUGUGAGACGUCUCACAGUGAACCAUUCUACCACAACCAAGGAGCACUCAGAUGUUUACAGUCACAGGCAGGCGAUGUAGCCUUUGUGGAUCACACAGCUCUGGACAGCAUUGAUGAAAGUGAGAAAGAUGAGUUCAGACUGUUAUGUAUAGAUGGAACUCAUGCUCCCCUCAGCAGUUUUAGAAAUUGUAACCUUGGACGAGGCCCUGGAGAGGGUGUGGUCACACGAAUGAACACCCGUAAAAUUGCUCGGAAGUUCUUGGUCACUGCCCAGAUUUUAUUUGGUUGGAGGGGAAGGGAGCGUCAGCGCUUCCAGCUGUUUGAAUCCGCAUCCUACGGUGGGAGUGACCUUCUUUUCAAAGAUGUGACUGAGAAAUUAUCAGUUCUGAUGGAAGACAUGGAUAUGAGCCAGGUUCUGGGACUGGACUAUGUGGCCUUGCUCAAGGGCCUUGGACAUGAAGGCAGCUCACUGGAGGACAGUGUGGUGAGGUGGUGCUGUAUAAGUCAUGCUGAACAGAAGAAAUGUGAGCAGUGGGCUCUUAGCAUAAAAUCAGAUCCUCUGGUGUGUGUGAAAGCCUCAUCUAUGAGUGACUGCAUUGAGAAGAUCAAGAGGGAUGAGGUGGAUGCUGUGUCUCUGGAUGCCACUCACGCAUUCAUAGCUGGGAAAUGUGGCCUUGUCCCUGUUGUGACUGAAUAUUACGGAGAGAAAUGUGAGAAUCCUGAAGGAGUUGGAGGCCAUUUUGAAAGUGAUGAAUUACCAUCAGUGUAUGGUGUGGCAGUUGUACGUCGGACAAGUAGGAGUUUAUAUUUUGGAAGUCUGGGCAGCAGACGCUCCUGCCACGGUCACAUGUACAGCCCUGCUGGCUGGGUUUUACCUGUAAGACACACGCUCAGCACAGAGCACAACAACAGCGCCCCAUGUCAGCCGAACAAUGUGUACACUGAGGUGUUUUGGAAAGGUUGUUUGCCAGGAGGUCAAGGCAAUCUAUGUAAGGUGUGUAUGGGUGGGACUGAGGAAGCUGCCACAAAACGGUGUGCUGACAACCAUAAUGAGCGUUACUAUGGCAAUAUGGGUGCAUUAAGAUGCUUGGUUGGAGACCCCAGUGGAAAGAGCUUUGGAGACGUGGCCUUUAUGGAACACCACAAUCUGGAGAGCAACAUUGAACGUCUAAACACCAGUGGCUGGGCAGAGGGUUGGCUCACUUGGGACUUUGAGUUACUCUGCGGCGAUGGCAGCCGGGCUCCUCUGACAGAGUGGAAGACCUGCAACUUAGGGGCAAUCCCUCCAAAUAUUGUUAUGACACGUCCUGUUCUUAUAGCUCGCAUUUAUGACCUUUUAAUGAAGUCACAGGAAACCAUAGCAGCUCGUCCAGAUUCUGGGUUCCACCUGUUUGAGUCUCAGCAGUAUGGAGAGAGUGACCUGCUCUUUAAAGAUGCUACAAAGUGCCUUGUUCACAGCAGUCACAUGGACUACCGCACCAUACUGGGAGAAGAGUUCUAUUCACAGGCUGAGAGCAUCUUUAACUGCACACACUCAAAUAUCUUACAGUUCUGCAAUCAAGAUGUGUGCAGCAUAUUCUGAACAACAUCUAUGAAACAUUUUUGUCAAUGUUAAAGAAGCGUGGGUCAUAAUGUAUAUGGUUUAUUUUGUAUCAUUACUGACAUACAAUAAAA